AUGGCCAAGAAGAAAAAGGCCGCAUCGCCCUCCCCCACCGCGAAGGUGACAACGACGACGAAGAAGAAGAGGGCGUUGCGCAGUAACACUGUCAUCCCGACUGUAGUCGCCUCGCCGCCCACCAAGAGGAAGCAGACUACCAAGCCCAGGUAUCUAUGUGACACUUGUGGUGUUGUGAAGACCGGCAGGUCGUUUCCGGACUACAAUCCUUCUGCAGAGUGCGAACAUCUGAUCCACACCUGCCGUGUAUGCCUCCGGAGGUGGAUCGAUGUCUGUAUCAGCAAUCACAAUUACAGAAUAGUCGACAAUGAAGCGGGAGCCUCUACUUUCGCCAUCAGAUGUCCAGAGAGGUUCCAAGGUGAGCCUUGCCCUGCCAUGAUGAGGCCUGUCAACGUGAAGGCCGCGACUACCAAAGCAUCCUAUGAAAAAUUUGCUCGGCUGGCUCGGCGUCAUAUCGAAGAAAACAUACCAGGCUGGCGGUGGUGUCUUGCUCCGGCCUGCGACGGCGGCCAAGUCCACACAAAGGACAAUGCGGAUGUGCAGCCACUCGUGGAAUCGCCAAAGGAGAAGGACGAGGACGAGGACGAGGAGAAGAGGAAGAAGAAGAAGAAGAGGGCCGGCGGCAAGCGAGGUAAGAAGGUGGCCGCUGCUUCUACCGACGCCGCUGUUCCAACAGAAAAAGAAGAAUCGAAAGAUAUCCCUGACAUCUUCACGUGCAACCUGUGCGGCGCAAAAGCCUGCGUCACAUGCGACUUGCCGUAUCACGAGGGCGAGACCUGUAAAGAGUUUCAGCAGCGCACGCAAAACUCCAGCAAUGAAGCUUCUCUGCUUCUGAUAGCAACUGCCUGCAAGAAGUGCCCAAAGUGCGCGUUUAGCAUCGAGAAGAAUGGCGGCUGUGACACUAUGUUUUGCACUCACUGCCUCUCGCCAUUCUGCUGGCGUUGUAUGCAGGUAUUCAAGCAGGGCAACUACUGCAGAUGCAACUCGCAUCCCGCCGGCGUGCCCUUGUGA